AUGAAAUUAAAGCUUUUGGAAGUUCUAAGAAAUGCAGAUAUAAAUAAACUAAAAUAUUUAAUAUCUCAAAUUGAUAACAACCCAACAAAUUAUGAUUUGCAAAGGUUGAAGGAUGAAAUACUACUAUUUGCAGUACAAGUUGCUCCUUUUUCUAUUAUCCAGUUUUUAGUUGAUAAUGGGUUAGUCGAAGAUAUCAAUUCUCAAGAUAAUGAUGGCAAUACUGCGUUGCAUUUGGCUGCUAAUUCAAAUAGAAAUGAUGUUAUUAAGUAUCUUAUGUCUCAACCUUCUAUUAAUGACUGCCUUUAUAAUAAGGAAUCCAAGCAACCGAUCCAGUGUACCACAAAUAUCGAAACAGCCCAAUUAAUGGAUAAUUUAAGAUCUCAGCACAUAGAAAGAAUUGCUUCUCAGUUGAGAUAUGGGUUUGAGACUAGAAACUUUGAGUUGUUGGAACAGUUAUUAACGAAUCCAAGAGACAAGGAGUUAUUGGAUAUUAAUGGGACUGAUCCGGUUACAAAUGACACUGUUUUAAUUGAGUUUAUUAAGAAGGGGGAUAAAGAAAUGGUGAAAUUUAUAUUAAACCACGGAGGUGAUCCUUUCAAAAGAAGUUUAUCUGGUAAAUUACCCGAAGAGUAUACACUUGAUCCUGAAAUGAAAAAGAUAAUUGAAGAUUCUUUCAAUAAUCAGAACAUUAUGGAAACUACAGCACAUCCCCAAGACGGGUCGCCGACUUACAAGGGGUUUUUGAAAAAGUGGACCAACUUUGCUGGCGGUUACAAAUUGAGAUGGUUUGUUCUCGAUCACCAUGCAGUGUUGUCGUACUAUAAAUCACCUAACGAUAUGAAUAAUACAUGUAGGGGCUUGAUUCAUCUGGCACAUGCAAUGUUAAGGGUUAAUUCAUCUGAGAAUACGAAGUUUGAAAUCAUUAUUCAGAAUCCCUCUGAUGGGUCUCCUGUGAGAUGGCACUUAAUGGCGAAUCAUGCAACGGAAGCCCAAAAAUGGAUUUGGGUGUUGCAAAAUGCUAUACGAUAUGCUAAGGAUGUUGAAAAAGGUAAUGGAACAACAGCAAAGUCUCAUAUCUUGAAUGAGGAUUUACCCGCUUCCACAUCUUUGUUCCAGGACUCUAACCAACCUUUUUCGUCAAUGUAUCACCCAGCUCCUAUCCCUGAAACUAAGGUUUUAUCGAAUGAAGCAAUUGAGAAAGAAAGUGAAGGAAGGAAAACCGUAUCAUCAAUUAUUUCUGAUGCGCAUGAAGCAGCCAACGACUUCAAAGAGUUGGUUAAAGCAACUGACUCGGAGACCGAAUUACCUUUGCAAAUGAGCAAUCAUGAAGAUGAAGAGGCACAAGACAACGAUACUCAUGAACUAGAAAACAGUACUAACAUUUCCGAUUCCAACAGCUCAAGAACUCAUGGGCCUGCUCCUGAUAGAUCAUCGAUGUAUAGCUCCUCUAAGCAGGACUCCAUUGCUUCCCAUGAUGGACUUCAUAGACACCAAAGGACUGGUUCGAUCAAUUCAUUAAAUUCUGCCAAUUCGGAGCGUUCUUCCUCCAAAAGCUCACUGGCUAAAAGCUUAUACAAGAAGCCUUUUAAGAAAUUGUCUCAUAUAGGUAAAAAGACAAGACAAUCAUUCUUACCUCCAGAGACACACAAAUACCAACAAAGGAAUCUGGAAGCUGUUGAUUCUGUUUCUUCUUUUAUCUCAGAUAAGUCAUCGAUUGUUUCUACUCCAGAUAUUGAGGAGACUGGGCAAUUUGCCGAAAGUAAUUCUAAUAAUGAUGAUGAUGAAUCUGAGUCUAUUGCAAAAGAGCUACACAAUGCAGACCUAAAUGUUGUUAGAAACCAAAUGACUAUGCAGCUAAACACUUUCAAAGAUUUUCUUAAUGCAGCUCGUACUGACCCAGGUAUUGGUAAAGAUGACUUGGUAGAUAUGUCUGUUUCAAUUUUGAAUACUUUGAAUAUGUUGAUCAACCAAGAAGGACAAUGUGUUAACCAUAAAUAUAAUGAAUUAAUUAGACGUCUAGAAAAACAACAAAAGAUCUCCUCUAUAUGGGAAAAUUCAAUCAAACAGUUGGAAAUUGAAAUCCAAGACAGAGAAACAAAAAUCGUCGAACUAGAAGAUAAACUAAAGGCUGUUAAAAAGUCGCUAAGGAACAGUGUAUUACAUGGAUCCCAGUUAGUCAAAAAGGGCAUUCCAGAUGUUCCACAAGAAAGGGAACAAGCUAGUAAUCCAAGUUCUGCUGCUGCAUUAGCAAGAAAAGCUCUUACUGCUAACCUAAACACAACUUCUGCCAUCCCUCCUAUUCCAUCUUCAAGUCCACCAAUUGAUUACAUAAAGCAACAACAAGAAGAAGAACGUGCUUUAAGGCAUCAAAAUGAAAUUAAAAGCAAGUUUCUUUCAUCAGAAGCGGAUACUUCACAUGUUUCAGUUUCCUCUGUCCCUCCCGAUUUUGCGCCACCUCCUGUUCCAAGUUUCGAUCCAACUCUAACUGAGUUCUUGGAAGAAAGUGACGAUAGUGAUGAAGAGUUUUUUGAUGCUGAAGAUGAUGGUCAUGUCCAAGAUAUGGGGGUUUUAGUUAGAAGAGAGACCUUCAAGGCAUCAAAAAAGAAGGCUAUUAAUCCUUCUCCUAAUACUAACGACGAGUAUUUAGCUUCUACAACUCAACAACCAACUUUCCCAAACACUACGCAGCUAUCAAAUGCCACCUACCAAAACGUUUAUGAACCUGAAGAUGAAGUCUCAAGUAUCCAAGAAUCUAAUGAAAAUGAGCCGGGAGAAUCAAGAAAUCCUGAGAAACUUGAGCAAAACGGCGAAGCUCGACCAGAACAAAGUCUUAAUACGCAGGCGGAGUCGCAUGCUAUCACAGAGGCUAAAUUUCAGCCAAAAAUUGACGAGCAUGGACAUUUUGUCGUUAAUCAUCAUGAGUUGAAGAGUAAACCUCAAAACGAAAGAUUUAAAAUGAUAUUGAAAGACCACACUUUUGAAGGUUACGAAGAUCCUCUAAGAUUAUCUCUUGCGCCGCAAGAUACGCGUCCUAAGAUUUCUUUAUGGGGUGUUUUGAAGUCAUUAGUUGGAAAGGACAUGACAAAGAUGACUUUGCCUGUUACUUUCAAUGAGCCUACAUCGCUAUUGCAGAGAAAUGUCGAGGUUAUUGAAUAUUCUGAUUUAUUAGACAAGGCCUCUGCUAUUGAUGAUUCAACAUUAAGGCUUGUUUAUGUCGCUACUUUUGCUGCCUCUGAAUACGCUUCUACCGUUGGAAGAAUUGCAAAGCCAUUUAAUCCGCUUUUAGGUGAAACUUUUGAGUAUGCUAGACCGGAUAAAGGAUAUAGAUGUUUUGCUGAACAAGUUAGUCAUCAUCCGCCUAUUUCUGCAUUGGUGGCAGAAUCUCCAAGCUGGAGUUAUUAUGGUGAAUCUAAUGUUAAGACUAAGUUCCUGGGUAGAUCAUUUGAUAUUAAACAUCUGGGUACAUGGUACUGUGAAAUUUACCCUGAUAAUGGCGUCCAAUGUAAGGAUGGUUCUCAAACCGAUAUGGAGCUGUAUUCAUGGAAGAAGGUGAACAAUUCCGUCAUUGGUAUCAUCGUUGGUAAUCCGACUAUCGAUAACUAUGGCACAAUGGAAAUCCGUAACCAUAUGACAGGAGAUCAUAUGAAAUUUGAAUUUAAACCAAGAGGUUGGAGAGCAUCAUCGGCUUAUGAGGUCAAAGGGGAAGUAUUCAAUGCAAAGGGUAAAUUAAUGUAUUACCUUGGAGGACAUUGGAAUAGUAAGAUUUAUUGUAGACCUGCGGAUGAUAAGAAGGCAGAAAAAUUUUUGGUGUGGGAAGCUGCUCCACGUAAAGAGAUGAUGUUCCAUUUGACCAGCUUUGCUGCUACUUUGAAUGCUCCACAAAAACAUUUACUUCCGAAGGUUGCAUGCACGGAUACAAGGUUGAGGCCCGAUCAACGUGCGAUGGAAAACGGUGAAUAUGACAAGGCUUCUGAGGAAAAGAAUAGAGUAGAGGAGAAGCAGAGAGCCGCAAGAAUGCAAAGAGAGAUGAAGGGAGAAGUUUAUAAACCAUUUUUCUUCAGGAAAGCAAAGCACCCUAUUACAGGAGAAGAGUUUUGGGAAUAUGAGGGUAAAUAUUGGGAAGAAAGAAUGGAAGGUAAGCUUAAGAACUACAAGGAUAUUUUUUAA